UAGCAUUUACAGUAGCUCUACUUUAACCGCCUCCCACCCGCCAUAUAAGGAAUCUAACCACCAAUGCCACCUGCCAGUGCCCAUCAGUGCCACAUCAAUGCCACAUAUCAGUGCCUACCAGUGGACAUCAAUACCACAUAUCAGUGCCCAUCUGAGCUGCUUUUCAGUGCCACCUAUCAGUGCCAGUCAGUGCCACCUAUCAAUGCCAGUCAGUGCCGCCUAUCAGUGCUGCCAAUCAGUGCCACCUAUCAGUGCCAGUCAGUGCUACCUAUCAGUGUGCAUCAGUGCUGCCUAUCAGUGCCCAUCAGU